AUCACCCUGGCGAUGUGGCAUAGACUGUUAUGGUUGCUAUAGUGCCUGGGCUCGGCGUCUGUUCACCUUCAUUAACCUGUUGCGCGUUUGUUUAACUCUCUCCCUCCUCUCCAAUAACAUCGACCACCACAAUCAAUACAAGAUGCCCUCCAACACUAGCACCAAAGAGACGCCCAACAGCAACUUGACUGAGAGAAACCUCGCUUUGCACAAUAUCAUCGAAGAAUCUGAAGAAUCAGGCAACGGUGUGACGUCGUGGAUAGAGAAAGUUAUAGCUGAUGAGCGAAUUCAUCAAUACUACUCUCAGCUCGGGAUCCAACGCUUGAGCGAGCAUGACCAAGACAAUGUCGACAUCGAACAGGCUAUGGAUCACCUUAGUCAGGCUACCUUCACCUCGAAGUCCGCCGAAACUCAUAACCAAACCAAUGAGAGCCUGAAGCUCUUUGAACAACAGCAGCCAGGAGUUUACCGUGAGACUCCUCUUGAACGCUUUUUGACCCCGGACGGAUGCAGUGACCUUAGCUUUUACGCUCGGGAAGCCCUAUCACAAAUGGGUACUGAACUUGGGGAUAUGGAGGGACAGGAUAAGCGCAAAGCGAAAGCCAAGGAAAACAUGGAAUUGGUUAUCCGCAACAAGCGCAGAAAGAGUGAGGAAGGGGCUGUUAGGUGAUUGAGAAUAGGUAAUCGAGAUUGGAUCUGAGCACCGUCCAACGUGGACUGGUCAACAAGAAGAUAGUAAACAUUGAGAUGAAUUAAGUUUUCGUGAACUGCCGCGAGUCUCCCAAACUGCCCCUCCGAUUUUAUAAUAUUCAAACCCGAAAACACAUCUCGAACAGAUUUAUGCAUAUGCACUGAAGUUUGAUUGGGUAUAAUUGUAUCACAAAUUAUGCUGAAACGCUGCUCAUCU